CUGCUCUGGGUUUUAGAUUCAGAGGACCCAAAAGGCUGGAGGGGGUGGGGCUAAGAGGAUCAGGAGGCAGGAGCAGAGUCUGGGGGCGGAGCUAAGAGGAUAAGGAAGUAGAAGCAGAGUCGGGGGACGGGGCUAAAGCAAUGGAGAUAAGGCGGGCGUGGUUAAUUGGAAGGGCGGGGCCGGGGACCUUCCCUGAGUUCUAGGCAAGUUCUGCAGUUUACUUUGCCCCUAGUCCCCACUGUCACUUUCGGUUUCUGGGUCCAUGCAGUUAGCUACCUUUGAGCCCGCACCGGCAGUAGAGCCCCUUCCUUUUACAGACCCAUUCCCAAACAGGAGUCCCGAGGCCUGGACACGACAGCCUUUCACGGGUACUGAGGGUUCAGACUCGACGCGUCUGUCCCUUCCGUAGACUCAUCCCCUCCAGAGAACCAGAAAUUCAGAUAUCCAGAGACCCAGGGGAAAGGGAAAAGGAGAGAUAAGGGACUUUUGCUGACUGAAAAUACAUUUUUUUAAAAGAGAAGAAAAGUUUUAGAAUAACCACUGGGGUGUGAUGAAGACCAUAAAUCCCUCAAGUGCUUUUCUCUCCACAUUACUUAUCUCAUUCCUCCUCCUUGAGAUGCCCACUCAGGCCUCAGGGGAUUUCUCAGUGUUUGGACCUACAGCACCUCUUCAGACUUCAGUGGGAGGAGAGGCAGCAUUAUCAUGUUACCUGUCUCCCCCUCAGAAUGUCAGGGAUAUGCAAGUGGUCUGGUCCAAAUCCCAGAAUAUAGUGCAUCGCUAUCAAGAUGGAGAGGAUCAUUUCGAAGACCAGCUUCCUGAUUACCAAGGGAGAACUGAGCUGGUGAAAGAUGCCAUGACUGCAGGGAAUGUCACACUGAGGAUACGGGAUAUAAAAUCUUCAGACGCAGGACAAUAUAAGUGUUUUUUUAAUGAUUAUUCUCAUUCAUCAGAAGCAUUCAUGGAGCUGAAGGUCAUGGAGGCACCAACCCUGUUUACGACCUAUCCGAUCUGGUGGAGUGUGAUUGGUGUCCUGGCAUUGAUGCAGCUCAGCAUCCUCUUUUACUACAGCUGGAAAACCUACCAGUUCAGAGAGAAUUUCCUAGUGAAGUGGACUCAUAAGCUGGGAGUGGUGAUCCUGGCAGUGUUUUGGUGUUUGCUGAUGAGCUUCCUUAUUUACUACAUUGUGAAUAUGUCUGGCUGUAGAGGCAUGGAAGACCUGGAUGAGUGGGUACAGAAGGACCAGGUAUAUUUGGCAUUGUUGACAUUCCUUCCUCUACUGCCAACACUCCUAUUUGUGGCUGUUGAUUUCCAUGGCAAGCGCAAGGCAAGAGCGAACACUACUCAAAACCAACCCCAACAAGCGCCAGAAAGCAUACCUCUGGGCACACAAAGAUAAAACAGAUAAGAAGCAGCAACAACCAUAGACUUCAUAACUUGGCCCUUACAUCAUUUGUAUGGAGAGGAUUUGGUCCCUGUCUCCAUUAUCCUUAUUUUUUUUUAUAAUAAAUAUUUUUAUUUAAAGUUUUGGGCUCCAAAUUCUAUCCCUCCUUCCUUCCCUCCCCUCCCCUCUCCCUUAGGCAGUAAGCAGCUAUAGUUUAUAAAUGUGCAAUUAUGUAAAACAUUAUCAUAUUGGUCAUUUUGUACAAGAAAACUAAAAUAAAAUACA